GCUUCUGGUAGUAAUUAUACAUCAGAGAGAUCAGCUGACCUCUACCUUGCCUCCGGUGUUGCUUCAGACUGGUUUUACGGCGAGGAAGCAACAAGUGAAAAUGAGGGCUACAGAGCUGCUAGCUAUACCGUUGAGCUGAGGCCGAGUGGGACUGCAUCCUAUGGAUUUGAGCUGCCAUCCGAUCAGAUCAUUCCAACUGCUGAAGAAGUUGUUCCUGCUAUUAUCAGUUUUGCAGAAGCAAUUCUGGCUGAUCCCAUUGUCAACAAUUGAUUGUUUUUAGCCAUGCAUUAAUGCCUUCGAGUCUGUCGUCCCGCGAGUCAAAGUUCAAAGUUCAUGUUUGAAUGGGCCCGCCCGGGCAUGACAUGUAUACAGACAAGUUAAAAAACAUGUAGGAAGCAUAACACAUGACUGAAGAAGGUGGGGUCCAUGGUAGUCAAAGAGUCAAGUAGAGUGCACCACGAGUUGUCACUUUUUGUGUGGUUGGUUAAUACAUGUUCGGCCAGAGUUGGUUUGUCCAGAUCAGC